AUGGAUUCUAAUUCAACCACUCCCGGUAUAUCGCUCACACCUUCGGCAGAUGUACAGCAAAAGUCCCGUAGUCGAGCGGGCACCUUACCCUCAUCGUUCAUUCAUGGUUCAUCUCCAGCAGGUUUCAACCAAUCUCAUUCGCCAUUAAACGCAAUUGGCAAUUCCGAACCUUUGGGGAUCCCAUAUAUGGAUUCAUUUACAUUGGGAAUUCCUGCUAGCUCGCCUCCUUUAGAAAAGGAGGGCAUGGACAUUCCUGGGUCCAAUGGAAGUACCCGAAGAAUGCGGUCCGGCUCUCUUUUUUCCACAAACUCGAUCUGGAAUGAUGAUGCUCUUCAACAUUCGCCGUCGCAGGGAAAUGGUCCUUCUCUUUUGGACAAUUCGAGCGUUCAUUCGGGUAGCAACAGCAAUGGUGGAAGCUUUUUCAGUCCCGCUCUUGGCCCUCAACAAUACCAAGGCACUGUUCCCCAGUCUUUUUCUGCUAUGCAUGGCUAUCCACCUCAAUCCACUCUUUCCGCUGGCGCCCAGACAAACCGCAACCGAUCAUAUACUACCACAGGUGCGGUUCCUGUAAGUGCUGGCAUGCCCUCAAUGGCAUCUCAAGCGACCCCACUACAUGUUGUAGAUCCCUCCGGUCAGUCGAGACUCUCAACAUCUCCAUUCCAUGGAUCUCUGUCUCAGUCUAAUGAUAUGAACGUCUUAUUAGAUAACUUGAUGGCAUCUAUGAACACGAUGCACAACAGAAAUAGAGCUCAAACGUUUUCUGGAGCUCCCGCUGAAGCUGAUGCUGUAUUACUGAAGCAGCUGAUUCUAGCUCAAAACUACUUAAUUCAACAGGAGCAACAACAAGAGCAAGCGAGAAAUCAGAUACUCGCACAACAGCCUGUUUUACAAGAUGAUAUCGAUUUCUCAGACUUCAGGAUCACCACAAACUUUGAUAACCCUAACUUGGGGCCCACCAACUUCCUUUUGUUUGAUAAUUUGCCCAACUUCAUAGACUCUAUCAAGCUAUGGUCCAUACUCAGCAAUUCGUUAGGCACUAGAGCCAAAGGAAGUAUUAAGAGCUUGAAGGUAACCACCACCAAAUCGUCAAAAUUGGCAUUGGUGGAAUGCUGCAGCGUGGAAAUUGCUAUGACGUUAAAAGCUAAUUUUAAUCAUCUUGAGUUGGUUCCUGGAAUUACUCUUUAUGCUGCAUUUGCCCUGGUGCUCGACAAGUCACCUACCGAACAAAAUGUCGCUAAAACUAAUAACUCGAAAACAAGUCCUAAUUCCAAAGGUAGGCGUACGGAAUCUCCAACCAAGUCACUGCCUAUUGACCUUGUGAAUAUUCAGCUAUCACUCUUGAGUUCAGUGGCACUGAUUGCCCCUUAUGACAUUGAUAUGAACAAGGUUCGUUCCAUGAUACAAUCUGCUAUCAGAUAUCCUAAUGAAAAUUAUAAGGCUAAUUUCGGACCACUUCCCGAACCAAUUCCUUUGCGCCAAUUUGACUCGCCGAAGCUUAGGGAAUUGAGAAAGAGUCUCGAAACCUGCGAGAAAGAACUGUCACGUCCAGAGGACAAACGAGAAAUGUCCGAUGCAGAUUUGGAUGAACUUGCUAUUUCCAUGCUCGAUGAGCUCCCCGAGCUCUGUUAUGACUAUUUGGGAAACACGGUUAUUCAAAAGCUUUUUGCAGUCAUCAAGUCACCGGCGAUCAAACUCAUCAUGGUCCAUGAGAUUGCACCUUACUUGACCCAGCUUGGUAUACACAAGAAUGGUACCUGGGCUAUUCAAAAAAUUAUUAAUUUGUGCGAUAAAGACUACAACCAAAUGAAUGUCAUUGCAGAGAGUUUAAAGCCAUACUCGUUAAAGAUGUUUAAUGACCAAUUUGGAAAUUAUGUUUUGCAAGGAUGUAUCAAGUUUGGAUCUCCCUUCAACGAUUUCAUUAUCGAGACCAUUCUUGAUAACUUUCUUGAGAUUAGCAAUGGCCGUUUCGGAGCUCGGUGCAUCAGAACCAUGCUUGAACUGUGCGGCAAAGACAAUGCGAUAUCAAGAGAACAAGUAGCACUUGUGGCAUCGUUGAUAGUUGAGUAUGCCAACGAUUUGAUUGUCAACCCCAAUGGAUCUUUAUUACUCACCUGGUUUUUGGACACGUUCAAUGGUUUUGACAAAUCGCCAGACCUUCGCUACAAACUUGUUACAGACAAGGUCAUCUCCAAUUUGGGAGAAUUUUGCACCCACAAGCUUGCAAACUUAACAGUAUUGAAGAUAUUGAGCAACAGAAGCGAUCCAGAACUGUCGCAACGUAUCCUAAACCGCAUUUUUGGGGCAUAUGAUAUCAACAAUGAGAACGGUGUUCCAACAGAUUUGUUAGAGCAUCUUUUGGCCGAAGGACUGGAAAAUAACGCAGGUCCACUUUUCCUUUACAAAAUCGUAUCGAAUCCUCCUUUGAUGUCACCAGGCAAUGAUAUCUGGAAUGACAACUAUCACCAGUAUGUUGUGUCGAUGAUCAGACGUAUUUUACUUGAAAUUAAUAUCGUCAAUGUUCAACCUUACCGCAAGUUGAUGGACGAGGUUGGUCUCGCAAGUAACCGUUUGAACCGGUCUGGAUCAACGGGAGGAAGAAAACAAAAGAGAGGCCAUAGAGGUAGCCACGGUGCCAGUGGUAACCUGAACCCACAUUAUGGCAUGCCAACCUCAGGCCAGUAUGCGAAUCCAUACAUUGGACAAGUUCCAGCACCAUACAAUGCACCCAUGAGCGGCCAAAUUCCACUUCCAUAUGGCUACAAUGGAGUUGCACCCCAAAACGGCGGUCUUCAAGGCGGUCCUGACGCAUCACAAUAUCAAGACGCGGCGGUUAUGCAACAGCUUGAACAAUUGUCAUUGAGCUCAGCCGCGCUUGGCUACAAUUCCAAUCCUGGGACACCAGGAGUCAUGCAGCUGAACAAGCGAACCCUGUUCUUUUGA